AUGGAGGCGCGCGGGGAGCUGGGCCCCGGCCGCGAGUCGGCGGGCGGCGACCUGCUGCUGGCGCUGCUGGCGCGGAGAGAGGACCUGCGCCGAGAGAUCCCGCUGUGUGCCGGCUGUGACCAGCACAUCCUGGACCGCUUCAUCCUCAAGGCGCUGGACCGCCACUGGCACAGCAAGUGUCUGAGGUGCAGCGACUGCCACGCGCCCCUGGCCGAGCGCUGCUUCAGCCGCGGAGAGAGCGUCUACUGCAAGGACGACUUCUUCAAGCGGUUCGGGACCAAGUGCGCCGCGUGCCAGCUGGGCAUCCCGCCCACGCAGGUGGUGCGCCGCGCCCAGGAUUUCGUGUACCACCUGCACUGCUUCGCCUGCGUCGUGUGCAAGCGGCAGCUGGCCACGGGCGACGAGUUCUACCUCAUGGAAGACAGCCGGCUCGUGUGCAAGGCGGAUUACGAGACGGCCAAGCAGCGCGAGGCGGAGGCCACGGCCAAGCGGCCGCGCACGACCAUCACGGCCAAGCAGCUGGAGACGCUGAAGAGCGCCUACAACACGUCGCCCAAGCCCGCGCGCCACGUGCGCGAGCAGCUCUCGUCGGAGACCGGCCUGGACAUGCGCGUCGUGCAGGUGUGGUUCCAGAACCGCCGCGCCAAGGAAAAGCGACUCAAGAAGGACGCCGGCCGGCAGCGCUGGGGCCAGUACUUCCGCAACAUGAAGCGCGCCCGCGGCGGCUCCAAGUCCGACAAGGACAGCGUCCAGGAGGAGGGGCAGGACAGCGACGCCGACGUCUCCUUCACCGAUGAGCCGUCCAUGGCCGAGAUGGGCCCUGCCAGCGGCCUCUACAGCAGCCUGGGGGAGCCCACCCCAGCCCUGGGCAGGCCCGCGGGAGCCCCGGGCAGCUUCCCGCUGGAGCACGGAGGCCUGGCCGGCCCGGAGCAGUACCGCGAGCUGCGGCCCGGCAGCCCUUACGGUGUCCCCCCGUCCCCAGCUGCCUUGCAGAGCCUCCCUGGACCCCAACCCCUUCUCUCCAGCUUAGUCUACCCAGAUGCCGGCUUGGGCCUGGUGCCCGCAGGGGCCCCAGGUGGGCCCCCGCCCAUGAGGGUGCUGGCAGGAAACGGACCCAGCUCUGACCUGUCCACGGGGAGCAGCGGGGGCUACCCCGACUUCCCUGCCAGCCCUGCCUCCUGGCUGGACGAGGUGGACCACGCUCAGUUCUGACCGAGGCCCCCGGCUCCCCCGAGCGCCGGCCAUGAGGGGUGAGGGCUGCGGUGCCGCCCCACCCCCCACCCCCGGCUGGGUGGCCUGGAGCCGCACGGCCCUCCUUUCCCGAAGUCCUGGACCUCCGCGGGAUGCAGGUGCC